GAAAAGUUUUCUCUUCACAUUCAAUCCAAACUCUCCGUCUCUAUUUCCAAAAACAUUCCCUUCAAUACACACUCUCAUCUCCAGUCCAUAAAUAUUAUCCAUUUUGAGUGACUCUCCGUCUCCAAUACUCAGAUCCUAUCUAUUUCAAUUAUACUCUUAUCCACAUUACCCAUUCCCAAAUCUCGCCGAUUUCCGAAUCUCUACGAGGCAUGUUUGCAGCGAUGAGCAGUAAUGUUGAACGUACUGCGAGACGAGAUUCAAUCUCAUCCUCCGUCCCCAUUUCAAACCCUAUAGAAAGAAACCCUGAACCCGCGACCACUGCCGAGACACAGCAACACUCAACGAACAACAACGCCCUUCGGGAAGAAUGCGACAAAUUGCGCGAGAAGUUAAGCGCUACGGAAUCAACUCUCCUGAAGACAAGAGCCCUUGUGAAGAAAUUAACACGUCGUUUGGAUGCUGCUAAUUACCAAUUACCACAUGGCGUUGGUGGUCGUGCCCAGAGUAAAGACGAAACCUCUGCUCACGAAUAUUCUGCAAAUCUUUCCCGCAAUUCGAAGGGGGCAAUAAUACUUCUUGGUUACCUUAAAGAUGGAGCCUUUAGUGAUGAACUUCUUUCCGCUAGGAUUCGCCAUGAGAACCGUACGUAUAUUGAAGAUUCUCGCAGCCGCACUGAUUCUCUCGAAAUGCGUUGCAAACUUUGCCAAAUAGGCCUUAGUCAUAAGAAUUCCCUGGAGAGGUUGCGUCAUGGGUUAGCGCUGUCAACAGCUACAAUUGAUCAUGCUACGUUUGACCUUAAGCUGGAAGACCAACAUCGAGAAAAUCUGAAUGCAAUUCGCUUGAAAAUCAUACAUGAGUGUUUUCGGGCUGGAAAUGUUAGAGAAGCCGUAACUCGAGGUGUUAGUUUAGAACAUGAUGAGAGAGCCAGAUAUCAACGUGCUCGGGACGAGAGUCUUCGCCAGCGGAACGCAAAAUUCAAGGCUCUACAUAACAAAUAUAUUGAAUGUUAUCACUGGCCUUCAUCUCGUGAUGGGAAAUAUCGAAGUUAUCGGGAGUUUCUUGAAGCGAAAACUGCGGAGGUGCAGUCUCACCCGUACGGGACUAAUCGAGAGCGGUUGCAUCGACAAUACCGGGGACAGGCUAGACUUCAUCGUAAUGUAUCAGUGACUCUCGCUGCUACUGGUAGUAGAGAUGCGAAUAAUGGCUCACAAGUCAGUAUGCAAGUUCAUCAUACCCAUCGCGACCAACAGCAGACAAGAGCAAUCGACAAUACCAAUGAUAGGCUUGGAGAACCUGAACGAUAUGGGAGACAUCAAGAAGCUCAACUCCAACCUCCAAUUUCUGCUCCUACAAGUUUCACCGCCUCGCAAUACGGAAUUUGAGCGGAACUACAAGCCAGACGAAUAUGAUUCAGAUGGUAGUGAUUCCACAAUGAACA